AUGGAACAUGCCUUUAUUCACUCCUUUCUGGAACCUCCACGUGUUUUACGGUUACGAUUUUGGUUGCCAACCCAACCACCUCACCAGUCACCAUUCUCGUUCUCUUGCCUCCCACCGAUUGCGGCCAUCUUGAUUUUUACUCACAGCACACCGCCGUUCGCCGGAGAUUCAGACGGCACUACCAUCACCACCACCACCACCGUAUCUCCGGUGAUCAGUCGCUUCCCUAAAUCAAAACAAACAAAAUAUUCAGAUUCGGUUGUUUAUCUUCAUGGCGACCUCGAUUUAACGAUCGCCGAAGCUCGAUGUUUGCCAAAUAUGGAUUUGUUAUCGGACCGUAUGCACCGCUGCUUCACGAUCUUCGAUUUGUGUAAAUCGCCUUCAUGGAAGAAGAGAAGCAAAUCUCAACACCGUCGUAAGAUCAUUACCAGUGAUCCUUACGUGACCGUAAGUAUUGGGGGAGCUACCAUCGCACGAACGCGCGUGAUAUCAAACUCCCAAAACCCUGUCUGGAACGAGCAUUCUAUCACGCCGCUAGCGCAUCCGGUGUCGCAACUUGAGUUUCAGGUGAAAGACAAUGAUCUUUUCGGAGCGGAUUUGAUCGGAAUCGUCGUCAUCUCCGCCGAGAGCGUAAUGUCGGGAGAGUUGAUCGACGAUUGGUUCCCGAUAAUCGGUCCUAGUGGUAAACCGGCAAAACCUAACACCGCAAUACGAUUACAGAUCAAAUUCACCUCUUGUGAUGAUCGGAACAACGAAAAAUCAAUUGCCACCGACGAGUUAUUCGGCCUGAAGGAUAGUUAUUUUCCGGUAAGACACGGAGGGAAUGUGACGCUGUAUCAGGACGCGCACCUCCAUGAGGGGCAGUUACCGGAGAUCGAAUUGGACGGAGAUAACAAAAUUUUCAAGCAGAGAGGGUGUUGGGAAGACAUAUGUCAUGCUAUCCUGGAAGCUCAUCAUAUGGUGUACAUCGUUGGGUGGUCAAUUUACGACAAGGUGAGACUGGUUAGAGAACCUAGCAAACCAUUGCCAAGUGGUUGGGAUUUAACUCUUGGAGAAUUGCUGAAAUACAAAUCACAAGAAGGUGUUAGGGUUUUGUUGCUGAUUUGGGAUGACAAGACUUCACACAACAAUCUCUUCAUCAAAACGGAGGGAGUUAUGCAAACUCACGAUGAAGAAACACGCAAGUUUUUCAAACACUCCUCUGUCCACUGUGUGUUAUCACCUCGAUAUGCAAGCAAUAAGCUUAGCAUUGUCAAACAACAGGUGGUAGGGACGCUUUACACCCAUCAUCAAAAAUGUGUUAUAGUAGACACACAAGCCCAUGGAAAUUACAGAAAGAUCUCUGCUUUUAUUGGUGGUUUGGACCUCUGUGAUGGACGCUAUGAUACACCAGAACACCGUUUAUUUCGUGAUCUUGACACUGUGUUUGAAAAUGACUACCAUAAUCCAACACUUCCUCCAGGUAUAAAAGGUCCAAGAGAACCCUGGCAUGAUUUACAUUGCAAAAUCGAUGGUCCUGCUGCAUAUGAUGUGCUCAAAAACUUUGAACAAAGAUGGAGAAAAGCCACAAAAUGGUCUGAAUUUGGACAAAAAUUCAAAAAAAUAAAUCAUUGGCAUGAUGAUGCAUUGAUUAAAAUAGAACGUAUUUCAUGGAUACUCAGUCCUUCAUCAUCUCUUCCAAAUGAUGAUCCUUCUUUGUGGGUUUCUAAAGAAGAAGACCCCGAAAACUGGCAUGUUCAGGUUUUUAGGUCUAUUGAUUCUGGUUCUUUGAAAGGAUUUCCAAAAAAUGCCCAAGUAGCUGAAUCUCAGAAUCUAGUAUGUGCAAAGAAUCUUGUGAUUGAUAGGAGCAUUCAGAAAGCAUAUAUCCAAGCCAUAAGAUCUGCCAAGAACUUCAUUUAUAUUGAGAAUCAGUAUUUUCUUGGAUCAUCAUAUGCAUGGCAUUCCCAUAAAGAUGCAGGUGCUGAUCAUUUAAUCCCUGUGGAACUUGCAUUAAAAAUUGCAAGUAAAAUAAGGGCAAAUGAGAGAUUUUCAGUUUAUAUUGUCAUUCCAAUGUGGCCUGAGGGUGUUCCUUCUUCUGCAUCUUGUCAAGGAAUUCUAUAUUGGCAAGCACAAACUAUGCAAAUGAUGUACGAUGUAAUAGCUCAAGAGCUAAAGAAUUCAAACCUUGAAAAUUCACAUCCGCAAGACUACUUAAAUUUUUACUGUCUCGGAAACCGUGAACAAUGUGAAGAAUAUGUCUCAAAUUCAAGCAGCCGAUCUUCUAAUGGCGUUUCGGUUUCGGCUUCUCAAAAGAAAGGAAGGUUCAUGAUCUAUGUACAUGCUAAAGGAAUGAUAGUAGAUGAUGAGUAUGUGGUAUUGGGGUCCGCAAAUAUUAAUCAACGCUCUAUGGCGGGUACAAGAGAUACCGAGAUAGCUAUGGGCGCGUAUCAGCCGCAUCACACGUGGGCCCACAAGAAAACACAUCCACGUGGUCAGGUAUAUGGAUAUCGAAUGUCACUAUGGGCAGAACACACGGGAAAACUAGAAAAUUACUAUAAAGAGGCAGAAAGCUUAUCUUGUGUGAAAAACAUAAACAUGCUUGCGGAAAAUAAUUGGGAAAAGUUUACAGCGGAUGAGUUCAGCCCCUUACAAGGCCAUCUUCUUAAGUAUCCGAUUAAAGUUGAUAGUGAUGGAAAAGUAACUUCUUUACCGGGACAUGAACAAUUUCCUGAUGUUGGUGGUAAGGUUCUCGGCUAUCCAUCCACUCUCCCAAAUGCUUUAACUACAUAACAUUUACAAUCAUUCGUAUUUUUGUACACGUAGGAAUUGAGGUAAAUAUGCUCUUGUAGAUUGCGUGUUGUACCCCGUUUUUUCUUUUACAUGUUUUAGAAAAUCAAAAUUGUGAGAAAUAAAAGUUUAUAUAGUUUUGUAAUGUUUUUUGCUGUC